AUGGCCCGAAAUGGAAAAACUGCCCAAGAAUUCAUCCAAAAUUCGUUUUCACCUAUUAUAGCUGUACUCUGCAGUUCCAAAGUGGAUAAUAUUGUACGAAAGAAUAACCUGUCUUUUAUAGAGUUACUUCAGCCGUUCACUACACUGGAUGCUGAUAGUCAGUUUCGAGAACCAGGAGGCAGUUUGUGUACCAUUAAAUCAUGGAAGCUUAUAUUCAGGGAUGUUAACUGGAAACCUUUGCAGCCAACUGAGGCUAGAAAACAUUUAAACAAUGCAGUAUUGCAUAAUUACAAUGAUAAAACAGUGUCAAUUGAGAUUGAUGGUCGAACAAUUACUAUUCCUCAUUCAACACCCUGGUUUGAUGCAUGGAGAGAAACUUAUCUUGAGGUCCAAUUUCCUUCAGACCAUGAAUACACAAAACAUUUUUUGUCAUGCAUCAUUGUAGGUACAACAGAGGAUGAUAAUAUUAUUGAUACAUUUAACUCUUUAAAUCAACAAUAUGCUCAGCUACAAAAUGUGUCACCUCCUAAAUUACCCAAAUGGUUUAAUAAUGGAGUCCUAAAGUCAUAUUUACUUCUACAUGAUGUGUCUACUGUUACUAAGGAGAAAGCAGAUGCUGUAUUUGAAACAGUGAAACAAACAUUUGGGGCUGCAAGCUGUUUCAUGUUGUCAAUGAAUUCAAAGAUGAACAAGGACUCUAAUGUGUCAACUGAUAUUUGGACACCAUAUAUUAAGAGAACUUCUGAAACAAAUACUGAUAUGAUAUCUUCAAUUUCAAAUCUACCAACAACACCACUAGGCACUCAGACUCAGACCUCACCAACUCAAUCUUCUAAUGCCACUAUACCAGCUGAUGAUAACAACUUAGUAACAUCAUCUACACUUCAAGAAUAUUCUCAUCCUUUGAUAACAUCUGAAAAUUAUGUAUAUGAUAAUGCUAACAGCUUACAAACCCACUCCUUCUCUGGAAGUUCAGAAAGUAUGAAUGUCAAUGGGAAACUAUUUGAUGUGUCUUCUGAAAAUUAUGGUGGAGCUUUGAAUACAAGUGAUGUUGAAACUAUAAAGAAAUUCGUCACGGAUUAUGCUACAAAGGCGCUGCUACCUUAUUUAGAAAAACUGAUUUCUCAGUUGUCUGAGGUGGUGGCAAAUAGAAAAGGAGUUAGUAGGUCUUUGCUUUCUGCCACUAAGAGGUGGUUUGGAACGGGGAAAACUGGUAACACAACAGGGAAUAAUACUGUGAUAUACUCUAAUGAUUGUCCAGAACUUCAAUUGCGUAGAUUGGGUGACCUUUGGUUUCUAUGUGGGCAAUGGCAAAAGGCAUUUGAUACAUAUCAUACAGCAAAAAGAGAGUUUUCGGCAGACAGUGCUUGGCUUUGUUAUGCUGGUGCUCUUGAAAUGGCUGCUAUUAGUGCGUUCAUGGCAGGAGAAGCCAAUCGUAAAACAUAUGGUUACAUGGAGGAAAGCAUUUUAACAUAUUUAAACACCUGCAGGAUGGUCCAGUACGCUGUUCGGGCUACAUUACUAUCUGUACUGUGUCUAACUGGUGCAGGUCUUCAUGGUGACGCAGCGAAGCAACUAAUCAGAAUGACGUCAGAGGACAGUGACUUGCGCAGCGCUAUGUUGCUGGAGCAAGCAUCUCUAUGCUUCCUGUCGGGUCCUGGCUCUAAGUCGAUGUGCAGAAAAUACGCCUUUCAUAUGGUUUUAGCGGGUCACAGAUUUUCAAAAGCGGGUCAGAAGAAACAUGCAUACCGAUGUUACAAGCAAGCUUUCCAGGUUUAUGAGGGUAGCGGUUGGCGUUUAUCUACGGACCACGUUCAGUUCGCUCUUGGUCGCCUGGCGAGUUCCCUAAAGAUGCCGCGUGACGCCGUACACUGGCUCGCUGCCCCCCUCGCCCCCUCCGGCCACCAACCGCCUCCACAACAGGAAGCAUUCCUGCGCGAGUACACGCUGGCACAUCAGCAAUGGAUGGAAGGUUGCGAAGAGUAUAAGGAACGUUUGCCAGAGUUACCGUUACCGUUGUUGGAGCGUAACGCAACAGCCGUAUUAUGUGUGGGCCCGGCACCGCUCUCCUCACCCGGUCGAGUACCAGCCACUUCCCUGACGUUCCUCGACGCCGCUGAGAACUCAAAAGAAGAUGAUCGUUAUUGGCAUAAACUUGAAGAAAUGCUUCUCCAAGUUGCACAAGGCAGUGUUCCCAUGAUUUUUAAACCAACUGUUGAUUUAUAUACUGAGAGGUCAGACAUCAAUCCCGUAGUACCGAAAGGAGAGCCAAUACAAGUAUCGGUUACAUUAAAAAAUCCGCUCAAGAUAUCAUUGUUGUUAAAAGACGUGGAGUUACUGUGGCAAUUCAUACCCAAUACGGAAGAUGAUGAAAAUUCGGGACUUGAUAUAAUAAAUAAUGAACCAUUAGUCGCUGCUGGAAAUAAUUUAGAAAAUAAUGUAAUUGUUGGACAAAAAAUAAAAUCAGUCCUUCUGGACGGCGACAGCGAUAAGAGGUUGACAUUCCAAAUAACUCCUUUACGGAUAGGCCAGUUGAAUAUCAAUGGUUUAGCUUACAAACUGAUCAAUGCUGGCGAAGGAGGCAAGGAAAGUGCAAGUGGGACAAUGAUAUCAGGAAAAGUCGAUCUGACGUGUUCAGGCAACAGCGAGAAGCGGUUACAGAUAAAAGUAAUACCAGAAGCACCUUGUUUACAAAUGACUUUCACUGAAACUUGCGUAGAUGCCAUAAGUAAUGAGCUCAGAACAAUUGACAUGGAGUUGAGAAACGUGGGGCCUGUAGACAUGAAGAAUGUCCACAUUGCUGUUUCUCACCCUGAUUGUAUCACUCUUAUCAGUGAAGACAGUGAAGAUGAUUUUAGAGCGUUGUAUGAUGAGAAGUAUCGCGAGAUCCCACAAUGUACUGAGGAGCGUGCGGCCCGCGCUAGUGCGUUUCGCGCGGCGUCGUACAGUCACGUGUCCCGCGCGGCGGUGGCGGUGUGCCGCGGCGGGAGCGCGCGUGCACGUGUACUGGUGCGACCGCGUGCCACGCCCGCACUGUACCUGCUCGCGUACUACGAGACGGGGGACAGAGCGAGACCGUACCGGCUGCUGCGACACGUGUUCCGGUUCAACACAAGCGAAGUUUCUAUCAUUCCUCGACGCUGUUUGAAAAAUACCGACGGUCAAACUUUAGAGAACUUGCUUUUACCUGUUGAAAUUAAAAAUGUCUACAGUGAUAAAGAUCAAACUGUUAAUAUAGAAAUUCUGGAGGCAUCUUUACUAAGCAGACAAUGGAGACUGACUGGUUUAACCACAGUUGCUAAUAAAGUAGAUGUGUUGACACCGCAUGAGAGGCUUCAUCUUGUCUUCAAGGCUAGAAGAAUAUUUGAAAGUCUUCCUGAAGGAAAAGUGGAACAUACAUUUUUAAAAGUGAAAACAGGAUCGAUUAUCGAUUUUAAACCUUAUUACAAAUAUAUUUCUGAUUUCAAGCCAUCCUUUAUUGAAAAUCCAGACUUAGUGUCUGACAAUCAGACUAAAACAAAAGGAUUAAUUCAGUCAAUGAUUGUACUACGGUGGAAGGCGCAUAAGUCCGCAGGACAAUUCGCAAUCGGUCAGCAUUGUUUAUGGCUAGACUGUUUCACCAAAGUGGUGUCACGCAAUAAAGAAUUAAUUCCACCAGAAAUGCCUGCUUUGCAACUCGAGGAUAAUGAUAGUAAAUCUGAUUUGAUCGACCCGAAACAGAAAAAUAGAAAGGAUAAUGUCGUUUUUCGCUUAGAGCACACUAGCACAAUUCAACAUAAUUUCCAACAGAGAAGGCUAUGCUUAGUGCCAAUCACAAUAAAUCUAGUUAAUUGCUACGAGGUCCCAGUGAAAGUGUUUAUAGAUAUGUCAAAGCAACAAAAUCGGGAUUCUUUUGGUGAGCUAGGCUGGGCUGGCGCUUUAAGCAACGGCCCCGAAAUAGAAAACAAGAAGGUCGGUGUAAGCGUGAGCCUAGCCCGGUUCGAGUCGCGCCGGGUGGAAGUGCGAGCUUUGUGUGCCGCGCCCGGCACUUACCUUGUCGGUUCAGCUUUCACUGUCACUUCCACGAGGGCUGAUAACCAGCAUACUGUCACACACCUAGCUAACAACACUUCCUUAUUGGUAGUCCAACAGGCUGCAUGA